AUGGUGUCUCAACGAGUUACCUACCGCCGUCGCAACCCCUACAACACUCGAUCCAACCGGACCCGAGUCAUCAAGACUCCCGGUGGCGAGCUCCGACUUCUGCACAUCAAGAAGCGCGGCACUGUCCCCAAGUGCGGCGACUGCGGCUCCAAGCUCUCUGGCAUCCCCGCCCUCCGACCCCGAGAGUACGCCACUAUCUCCAAGCCCCAGAAGACUGUCCAAAGAGCCUACGGCGGCUCGCGAUGCGGUGGCUGUGUCCGUGACCGCAUCGUUCGCGCCUUCCUCAUCGAGGAGCAGAAGAUUGUCAAGAAGGUGUUGAAGGAGCAGGAGCAGAGCCAGAAGAAGAAAUAG